AUGGACCCCAACUCUCGCACCAACCAGACACGCCAUGACGCCCACCAACAAAACCUGCACUCACUCCCCACCGUCCCAGUGGCUGAUAACUUCAACUCGUUUGCUGGCUUCGGUGCUUACGCCCCUCGGAAUAACCACUCUGACGGAGGCGCAAUGGGAAUCAGCGAGCCUGGCAGUCCUAUCAUGAUCGCAGAUGAAGCCGACCAGCACUCCAACGAGAGCCUCUCCAGUGGCGAUCGCACAAAGAUUGACUCUCGCUCCCCCAGCUCUCAUCAAGCCAUCCCCAACCAGGGAAAACAUGGGAGCGCUGAAGGCUACAACCAUCUCCACCGCGAAUCGGAUGGCUAUGAUGUUUACAACCCCCGCAAUCCACAACAGCCCGCGUAUGUCCCCGGUGAUGCCUUCUCACCCUCCUCACCGGCUUAUGGCCGGUAUCGACAAGGCCCAUACGCCACCGACGGCCUAGAAUCUGGCCGCGCUUCGACCAUUGGCACUGACAGCUUCAACCCUGGCCCAUUCAACUCUUCUCGCACUGCCCUCAACCACGACUGGCGCAACAGUGACCUUGCCAGCCAAGAUGGUACUACCUUUGGUGAUGAGAAAUACGCACCUGGGUCCUACCCUACCAAAGACAUCUCCGAUGAUCUUAAGGGUGCAGGUCCCACCUACGUUCCCAUUCCUCCUUCGAGCCCUGCCAUUGAAGAAAAGCGAGCACCUCCGGCUCCCGCCGAAGGUAUCAUCAGUCCUCCCCCCGUCGUCGUCAGUCGACAGAAUCGUCUAGAAUGGAUCGAUGGGAUCCGUGGCCUUGCUUCCUUGGUCAUCUUCACUCAUCACUUCAGUGAUCUCACCUGGGCCCAAUCUCAUCCCGAGGUCCUCCCUCUCGGUAGUAUCUACGGCUUGCUUCGGAACGGACAGUUGGCAGUCGGGAUGUAUUUCUUGCUCGGUGGUCGAGUGCUCGCCCACUCUUUCCUGCGUUCCGCUUUCACCCGACCCAUGGUCCCCAAGGACUCUCACGGUGUUCCCAUCCCCGGCGGUAAGGCUGCCAGAUGGACCGGUCCCCGUUGGCUAUCUCUUUCGUCUUCCUUGUUCCGUCGUUCCAUCCGUCUGGCUUUCCCAGCCAUCAUCGUUGCACUGAUCCAAUGGAGGAUCGCUUCUCAAGGCAUGCUCGGUGACCGACCGAUCAGAGCUGCCCAAAUUCUAACCCCUACCGCCCUGUGGGAGCCAACGUGGAACCAGAUAGGAAAUCUUGGAGGCUUGCUUCAGUUCUGUCUCGACUUGUUUACCAACCGUGGCCACCAGUACAUGCUCAGCGUCGGAUCGGCACUCUGGACGACUUAUGAUCAAUUCUGGGGCUCCGUCCUCGUUUACAUCCUGGCCGCUUCGGUCGCUCAAGUCGGAUGGGUCGGCCGAUAUCUGAUCUACUUGGCUGUCUGCGGUUCUCUCUGGUUCAUCAACAGCCCCAACAUGCUCUAUGUGCUUGGUCUCUGGCUCGCUGAUCUCCACGCUGCCGGCUUCAUCCGGAAACUUCAGGACCAUUGGAAACCAACGAUGGUCGUCGAGAUUUCGGUCAUGGUCUUAGCUCUUGCAAUGAUUUCAGGAGGUACCAAAGUCGCCACUCCAGCUGACAACCUCAUGGGCGACAUCACUGUUUACGACGGCAAAUUUGGUUGGGAUCAGAGUGUCACCUGGCCUCAGUAUAUGUUCAUCUCAAAUUGGCUACCUCCGCUCUGUAUUCUCGUCUGGGUUGAGGUCUCCCAUGCUAUGCAAUGGCUCGCCAGUUGGUCAAUCUUCACCUGGCUCGGCAAAGUUUCUUACGGUUUCUACUUGAUGCAAUUCAUCACCCUCUACAGCAUCAUGCCUCCAGUUAUCAUCUACUUGAACGACCAGGGCAAAAGCUACUGGGACAUGGUCAUGCCAGCUUAUCUGAUUUGCUUACUCUUCAACAUCUUGCUCGCAUGGGCUGGUUAUCAUUUACUGGAUCGAGUCGGUCUCAACUUGGCCAAAUGGAUCUGGGAUGGAUUCUUUGUGUCCAAACCGACCAACGCUGCCAGUCUUCCCAUGAAGUCCUUGCGCGCGUUCGGCAACAUGCUCAUCACCGCCCCGGGUGGGAUGGCCAAGGCGAUCGGCACCAAGACGGUGACCAAGUACACCAAUACUCGGAAGACGAUCCAUACCAUCAUGAACUGGCGAACUCCUUGCACAAGACCUGCGAUUCCUGAUCCUACCGACCCUGAUGUUAUCAGCCAGCUUCACUCGACUCGAUGGACAUCCGACAUGAGCCAAGACGCUGAAGCCGUACGCACGGCCCGUUUGCUGCGAUUCCAACAACAUACCUGGAUUAUCCACAUCAUCAUAGUACCCCUCAUCAGUGGGCUUUGGGUUGUGUACCAUCCCACUGGUACUUGGACCUAUGAUGCAUUUACCUUUUCGACCUUGUGGCGGUUCAUGUGGGUGCUCUCGGUCCCCAACUGUCUGUUUGCCUUCGCCGGUUUCUGUACACCCGAUCUUGCUCCAAGUCGAGCCUCUAAACGAGAAGAAGCCCGUCUUCCGAGAGUAUGGUCGAAUGAAAAUGCCGUGAGAAGAGGAUACAACAAGCUUCUGCUGCUAGAGAAAUAUCAUCCUGCUGUUAAAGUCAUUGUCUUGACGGACGAGCCUUAUGUCUAUCCCGAUCUGCAAAAUAUCGUUUGUCCCAAGUCCUACGUCUCGCCAUUGGGAAAGGCCAAGUACAAAGCAAGGGCUUUGGAUUACUUCCGAUACCAUGUCUCGCUUGGGGUUUAUGAUUGGAUCUUACAUAUGGACGAGGAGUCUACAACAGAUGGAGAAAGUUUGCGACGAUGUCUUGAGUUUAUCAGAUAUACUCCCCACCACUUCGGACAAGGAAUUAUCUUGUAUAACGGUGAAGGUUACUGGGAUAACUGGUACUUCACUGUCGCUGAUGGUAUCCGUGUUGGUGAUGAUUUGGCCCGAUUCCACUUCCAAAACACUGUCAUUCACCGACCUGUGUUCGGAGUUCAUGGAUCGUUCUUGAUGACCAAUGGGGAGAUGGAGAACGAAUGUACAUGGGAUUUUGGAUCAUUGGCUGAAGAUUUCGAGUUCUCCCAAGAUGCCUGGAGACGUGGGUUUACUUGUGGACGAGUUCACGGUAUUGUUCGAGAACAGUCGCCUACCUCCCUGCGAGAUUUCUUGAAACAACGUCGUCGAUGGUUCAUGGGUAUUCGUGAUAUCGAUGGUCUUUACGGGUUACCCCAUUUUGCGGUCAACUUGUGGAUUGUCGGAGUCUUCACCCUGGCAGUGACGAUCAUCAACAUCCCCUUCUUGCUGAUCGACAAGUCCUUGACGCCGCUCUGGGUUGCUGUCUGCGCGGAUUUCUGCUUCGUGACUUUCUACUGGCUCUAUCUCUGGGGACUGUUAUUCCAGGAAUUGGACUACGGUCAAAAGUGGUGGAGGAUCAUGAUCCACAUUCCUUGUGCAGUCGUCAUCCAACCGUUUGCUUCGAUUGCCGAAGGGCUCUCUGCCAUCUGGGCCAUGAGCUCCGUCGACUUCGGCAAAUUCGAAGUCAUUGUAAAGAAAUGA